AUGAUGAAACAUAUUACAGUGAUAGAGUGGAAAAGCAAGCCAGAUGACUUGGUGUCAAGUACAGAAUGGCUACCUGGAAACUGUUCACGAACAGAUACCGUGGAUGUGAUCGUCACCUCACUGUUGGAAAUUUUCAUCUUCAUUGUAAUUACUAUUUUUGUAAUCUGCGGAAAUACUGUAGUGUUGCUUUCAUUCAUUUUCAGCAAGCAUCUUAGAGCAACUAUCACCAACUAUUUUAUUCUCAACCUCGCUAUCGCAGACUUCAUUCUCGGAGUAUUUAUUCUGCCGUUUGAACUGAUACAAUUGAUACAGAACUUCUGGCAAUUUGGGAACACAUUCUGCACUAUCUGGUUAACGACAUCAGUCUUUCUGUGUUUUGCAUCAAUCAUGAACCUCGUAGUAAUCAGUUUGGAUAAAUACCUAAGCAUCACUUGGCCAUUGCAGUACUGUCAGAGAAUGUCAAAGACGAAAGUGAUUGUUGCCAUAGUUACAGUGUGGACCUUCUCAAUGGUAGUGACAUGGGUGCCGUUAAUCGCCGGGGAGGUAACCACCUCAUUAAAUUUUGAUGAAAUGACAAAUCACUGUAUGCCACACUGGAGUGCUGGUCUUAUACUGUUUGCCGCUAUGAUUGGAUUCAUCAUACCUUUCACCAUACUUUUCUACACAAACACUCGAAUAUACUGCAUCGCCAGGAAGCAAUCUCGACAGAUCUGGGCACAGUCACGAAGUCCAGCGCCAAGAAAGAAGCAAACUCGAGCCAUCAUGACAACUGUCUUACUGGUAGUAUUCUUCUGCUUAAUGUGGUUGCCGUAUUUUAUAACUAACAUUAUUUUCGCAUUCUAUCCCAAUUGUCACAUGUUGGCGAGACUUUGUAACUAUUUUAGCUGGCUUGGGUACAGUAAUUCGGCUCUCAACCCAUUCCUAUACGCACGUAACAAAGAAUUUAAAAAAGCCUUCAGUAAGAUAGUGCCAUGUCUUUGCAAACCACACACACGGGUGCAAACUGUCAGUAGCAAUGCCUAA